AAAUCAUAUAAUAAGAGAAAUAUAACAUUAAUGUUAAACGUAGCAAUAGAAAGAAUACGAAAGGAGUAGAAGAAUAAUUAGACUUGACUGGGCCAAAUAAAAACCUAGCCUCCCCUCUCCUUUUCUCUCUCUAAAACCCUAGCCUCCCUUACCCCUUCUUCAUCAAUUAGGGGGCUGUCAUGGAUGUUUUCAUCCAUGGUAAGCCCCUUUUUCCCUUUUAUUUUCAGUUUUUAGUUCAUUUUCUUGUUUUGUUCAAUAUAUUAGUAUCUCUUUAUGAGAUUUUCUCAAACCCUUUUAUGGGGUUUUUAGUUUCUGUUUUGGAAAUCUCCUUCUCCCCUAUGGGAGUUGUGAGUAUGGUUCUUUUGUUUUUAGGUAUGAGAAAUUAUUCUCAUUGGUUGAAGUUCGAGAUUCAACCUGAAGAAUUAGGGUUUCACAACUUCUGUAAAAUUAUGGGAGACUAUUGGAGUACGUUCAUCCCAAAAUUUCCGCAUCUGCAGAUCGUAUGCCGAACCAGAGCGAACUCACAGAUUGCAUUGCUUCAGAUGAAGAUUUUUAUUAAGGCAAAAUUAAGUCAAAUCUGCGAUGUUUAUAUUUCUAGGGUGAUAUGUAUUUCUAUUAGAAUUUUAUGUUUUUCAGAAAUGACUUGUAAGUGCCGUUUGGCGAAAUAUUAAUGAAAUCCCUUUUCUUUCUUUCAAAAAAAAAAAAAAAAAAAAAAGACUUGACUGGGCCCAAACUUGUAAAGAAUAAGCUUUCACUAUAUUUAAUGGGUUUAUGUUGAUGGUUACUAAAAAGUCAAAUGUCUCUCCACAAUUCUGCAGUAGUGUCGUCCACACGGAUGUUUGUGGGUUCAUCUUGCUGCUGCAUUAACAGAUUCCAUCAUUUUAAACCAUUCUUAACUUUUCUUCAACCAGCCCAUCAUCAUCACCCCUCUAACAAACACACUUUCAGGUGCCAUUCCACCAAUAAUCAGCGGGAAAAUUGUAAUAAUAUAAGUUCUCCCACCCAUCUUCCUACAAUGCCAGGAGGGGAAGUCAGUGCGCCUUCAUCAGUGGUUCUGCCGACAGCAGAAUCCAUUGAAAAUGACGAGGCCUGGGUGUGGGGCCAGAUCAAGGCUGAAGCCCGUCGUGAUGCUGACUCAGAACCUGCACUUGCCUCCUACCUCUACUCCACAAUCCUUUCUCAUUCCUCUUUGGAAAGAUCGCUAUCCUUCCACCUAGGCAAUAAACUGUGCUCCUCCACUUUGCUGUCGACCCUCCUGUACGACCUCUUCCUUAACAUCUUCUCGUCCGAUUCUUCUCUGCGUGUUGCUGUUGUUGCAGAUUUACGUGCUGCCAGAGUCCGUGACCCAGCAUGUGUCUCCUUCUCUCACUGUCUUCUCAACUAUAAAGGUUUUUUGGCUUGUCAGGCUCACCGUGUGGCCCACAGGCUCUGGAAUCAGGAACGACAGCCCCUUGCACUUGCUCUUCACUCCCGAAUAUCCGAUGUCUUUGCUGUCGAUAUCCACCCUGCAGCUCGAAUUGGAAAGGCAAUUCUCUUUGACCAUGCCACUGGGGUGGUUAUUGGAGAGACAGCAGUAAUAGGUGACAACUGCUCGAUUUUACACCAUGUGACCCUCGGGGGAACAGGAAAAGCUGUGGGUGAUCGUCACCCAAAGGUUGGUGAUGGAGUUCUAAUUGGUGCUGGGGCAACAAUUUUGGGUAACAUUAAGAUUGGUGAUGGGGCGAAGAUUGGGGCGGGAUCAGUGGUGCUGAUUGAUGUUCCUCCAAGGGCAACAGCAGUGGGAAACCCAGCACGGUUGCUCGGAGGGAAAGAGAAACCGUCGAGGAAUGUGGAUGUGCCAGGAGAGUCUAUGGAUCACACUUCUUUUAUUUCAGAGUGGUCCGAUUACAUUAUAUGAUUAUAUAUUGCUAGUAGAAUAGUUAUUGUACAAUAUAUUCUGCAUCCUUCAUGUAGUUGCUAACAUAUGAAGUCUUUUCUUUAGUCUAAUACUAGUUAGGUCUUUCCUUGGA